UGUAUCGAUAUUUCCCUCUGUCGAGUAUAAAUAUUGCUGAAAAACGGAGUGUCAUAAAUUUAGAUAAAAUAUUUUGUUACAUUUCGUCGUGUGAAACUAAAACAACUACUAAUUGUAGUAGACCAUAACAAAUGGCCACUAUAGAUGGAAGACCGGCGCAAUAUGGUAUAUCACUUAAACAACUGCGCGAGCUCAUGGAGCACCGCGGUCGUGAAGGUGUAAUGAAGAUAGCUGAAUUUGGUGGUAUUCAUGAAAUAUGUAAAAAGUUAUACACAUCUCCCAAUGAAGGUCUAAGUGGCUCGACAGCUGACGAGGAACACAGGCGCGAAACGUUCGGUUCAAAUGUAAUACCACCGAAGCCACCAAAAACCUUUUUGACACUAGUCUGGGAGGCUCUUCAGGAUGUAACACUUAUUAUUUUAGAGGUAGCUGCAUUAGUAUCUCUCGGUCUAUCAUUUUAUAAACCCGCCGACGAGGACGCGCCUGUGCUACAAGAGGAGGAGGAACACCAUGGGUGGAUUGAAGGAUUGGCCAUUCUUAUUUCUGUUAUUGUCGUAGUUAUAGUGACAGCCUUUAAUGAUUACUCAAAAGAAAGACAAUUCCGAGGACUGCAGAACCGUAUUGAGGGCGAGCACAAGUUUUCUGUAAUCCGAGGAGGGGAAGUGUGCCAAAUUUCUGUUGGAGACAUUCUGGUUGGCGAUAUUGCUCAGGUCAAAUAUGGAGACUUAUUGCCAGCAGAUGGUUGUCUUAUUCAAAGCAACGACCUAAAGGUGGACGAAUCUUCGUUAACUGGUGAAUCAGACCAUGUCAAAAAGGGAGCAGACGUUGAUCCCAUGGUUCUUUCCGGCACGCAUGUUAUGGAAGGCAGUGGCAAAAUGGUCGUUACCGCCGUAGGGGUUAACUCUCAGGCCGGCAUAAUUUUUACGCUUCUUGGUGCGGCAGUUGAUGAGCAGGAAGCUGAAAUUAAAAAGAUGAAAAAGGAAGCCAAAAAGGCCAACAAGCAAAAGAGUUUGACAGGUGAAGGCGACGGUCGAGCGCAAACGAAGGGUACGCAAGCCCAAAAUCAACGUCAAACAGUCUCCAGCGAAGGGACCAAGUCUGAAUCUGAGGGAAAUCAUGUCCCGCAAUCUUCCUCGACAUCCGCAGCUGCUGAGACAGGACAUAAAAAAGAGAAAUCUGUGCUGCAGGCAAAGCUGACAAAGUUAGCUAUACAGAUUGGAUACGCUGGAUCGACCAUUGCCGUACUCACAGUUAUAAUUCUGAUUAUUCAGUUUUGUAUUAAAACCUUUGUUAUUGACGAGAAACCUUGGAAAAACACCUAUGCCAAUAACUUGGUGAAACACUUGAUUAUUGGUGUCACAGUAUUAGUAGUGGCUGUACCAGAGGGACUUCCUCUGGCUGUAACCUUAUCCCUAGCAUAUUCUGUAAAGAAAAUGAUGAAGGACAAUAAUUUGGUGAGACAUUUGGAUGCGUGUGAAACAAUGGGUAAUGCCACUGCCAUUUGCUCUGAUAAGACUGGAACUCUUACAACCAAUCGUAUGACUGUUGUACAGUCUUACAUCUGCGAGAAACUGUGCAAAGUUUUGCCCACCCUUAGCGAUAUUCCCCAACAUGUGGGCAAUUUGAUCACAAUGGGAAUAUCUGUUAAUUCGGCGUACACUUCAAAUAUAAUGAGCGGGCACAACCCGGGAGACUUACCAAUCCAAGUUGGAAACAAAACAGAGUGUGCUCUCUUGGGCUUUGUCCAGGGACUAGGUGUCAAGUACCAAUCUAUUCGAGAUGAGAUUACAGAGGAUAAAUUUACCCGAGUGUAUACUUUUAAUUCGGUUCGCAAGAGUAUGGGAACUGUAAUACCGCGUCCCAAUGGAGGAUAUAGGCUGUACACUAAAGGAGCUUCAGAAAUCAUUAUGAAAAAAUGUGCUUUUAUAUAUGGCCAUGAAGGCAAUUUGGAAAAGUUUACAAGAGAUAUGCAAGAGCGUCUAAUUCGUGAAGUUAUUGAACCAAUGGCUUGUGACGGUCUGCGCACCAUAUCUGUGGCAUAUCGUGACUUUGUGCCUGGCAAAGCCGCAAUCAAUGAAGUUCAUAUUGAUGGUGAACCUAACUGGGACGACGAGGAAAACAUUAUGACGAAUCUUACCUGCCUCUGUGUGGUUGGCAUAGAAGAUCCAGUUCGUCCCGAAGUACCAGACGCUAUUCGAAAAUGCCAACGCGCUGGUAUUACCGUGCGCAUGGUCACUGGAGACAACAUUAAUACGGCACGUUCGAUUGCAAGCAAGUGCGGUAUUUUGCGCCCCAAUGAUGACUUUCUUAUUCUGGAAGGCAAAGAAUUUAACAGGCGUAUUCGGGAUAGCAACGGAGAUAUUCAGCAACAUCUGAUUGAUAAAGUAUGGCCGAAAUUGCGGGUUCUAGCUCGUUCAUCUCCAACUGACAAGUAUACUUUGGUUAAAGGUAUCAUUGACAGCACUGUUAGUGAAAACCGCGAAGUGGUUGCUGUAACUGGCGACGGAACAAAUGAUGGCCCAGCUCUCAAAAAAGCCGAUGUGGGCUUCGCUAUGGGUAUUGCCGGAACAGACGUUGCCAAGGAAGCUUCUGAUAUUAUAUUGACUGACGAUAACUUUAGCAGCAUUGUCAAAGCUGUAAUGUGGGGACGAAACGUAUAUGACUCCAUUGCAAAGUUUUUGCAGUUUCAGUUAACAGUCAAUGUAGUCGCUGUAAUUGUAGCAUUUAUUGGUGCGUGUGCCGUGCAAGAUUCUCCGCUUAAGGCAGUCCAGAUGUUGUGGGUAAACCUAAUAAUGGACACAUUGGCAUCACUUGCAUUGGCAACAGAGUUUCCAACACCAGAUCUAUUGCUCCGCAAACCCUAUGGCCGCACAAAACCCUUAAUUUCUCGCACAAUGAUGAAAAACAUUUUGGGUCAGGCGCUUUAUCAGUUGGUUAUUAUAUUUGGAUUACUCUUUGUCGGUGAUUUAAUCCUUGAUAUUGAAUCUGGACGAGGGCAGGAACUCAACGCUGGCCCAACACAGCACUUUACAAUUAUAUUUAACACAUUUGUCAUGAUGACAUUGUUUAAUGAAAUAAACGCUCGAAAAAUUCAUGGACAGCGCAACGUAAUUGAAGGUCUUCUUACAAACCCCAUAUUUUACACCAUUUGGAUAUUCACCAUGAUAUCACAGGUGUUAAUCAUUCAAUAUGGAAAAAUGGCUUUCUCGACCAAGGCCCUGUCAUUAGACCAAUGGCUCUGGUGCAUAUUUUUUGGAAUUGGUACACUGGUCUGGGGUCAAUUGAUUACGUCAGUGCCUACAAGAAAAUUACCUAAGAUAUUAUCAUGGGGUCGAGGCCAUCCUGAGGAAUACACAGAUGCCAUGAACUUGGGCGAAGAACGUUUCGAUUCAAUUGAUUCCGACAAAAAACCAAGAGCUGGACAAAUUCUCUGGAUUCGUGGUCUUACUCGCUUGCAAACUCAAAUUUCAGUACCGGUAAUAGGCGGCGAGUUGCAAGAACGCUUGAUUCCGGUCCCAUAUAGCAAGAGCAACACUGAUCAAGCUAUUCGAGUGGUGAACGCAUUCCGGCAAGGUCUCGACGCCCGUUACGGUGAUCACACCAACACUUCCCUGGCAGAGGUACUGCGUAAGCAGACUUCGUUGAGCAAGCGGCUUUCGGAAACAUCUUCCAUUGAGUAUGCCGACAAUAUACCCGAUGAGCUGACCAUACCCGAAAUCGAUGUCGAACGUUUGUCAUCCCACAGUCACACUGAAACCGCAGUUUAAAUUACAUUGGCAUCUAUACCCAUACAAACAUUAAAAACGCACACAUUCUUGAAAGGAAAUAUUCAAAUGAAAUUUAAGCACAGCCCGACUGUAGGUGUACAAUCUACUAUCGAACUGUUAAUUUAUUUAUACUUUUAGUAUUUCAAAAUACCGGUGGAUCUUGCUUUGAAUUGUUAAGAAAUCGACCUGUAACUGAGCAUACUUCGUAUACUAAUAUAGGGAACCCGGAAAAGCCAAGUAAUAUACCAAAAUGUCAACAAUUAAAUUAGCAAAGCAAACCAGAUCAGAUCAACGGGUCUUUUUUACUGUUAAAGUGUGUUAUCCAAAAAUAUAUCUUAAAACAAUACAUAUACCGAUUAUAAUCACUUUUCCCCACAAUAAUAUGAAAAUGUAAACAGACAGAUCCUACCCAAUACACUCAAGCCAUCAACUAUUAUUAUAACGUAUUUCAUUUAAUAAAAGAGUCAGUGAUUAAAAA